UGUCACUGGCGGUUGUGCUGUGCAAACGUCACACAGUGACCCGCUUCAUCAUAUCCAUCUGAUUUCACUCUAAACGCAACCUUGACCACCCUCUCGACACGACUACCCCCGACCACAUAGCCAACUAGCCCAAAAUGCAGGCGAUUAAGUGUGUUGUCGUUGGUGACGGAGCUGUCGGCAAAACAUGUCUCCUUAUCUCUUACACUACCAACGCCUUCCCGGGCGAAUACAUCCCCACCGUGUUCGACAACUACUCUGCCAAUGUCAUGGUUGACGGCAAGACAAUUUCCCUUGGGCUGUGGGAUACCGCCGGACAGGAAGAUUACGAUCGACUUCGCCCAUUGUCCUACCCCCAGACCGACGUAUUCUUGAUUUGCUUCUCAUUGGUCAGCCCGCCGAGUUAUGAGAACGUUAGGACCAAGUGGUACCCCGAGAUAUCCCAUCACGCGCCGUCGACAUCCAUCGUGUUGGUUGGCACCAAGCUCGACUUGCGUGAAGACCCUGCUACUAUCGAGAAACUCAGGGACAGGCGCAUGGCCCCCAUCCAAUAUCAACAGGGUGUUGCUAUGUCGAAAGACAUUGGUGCUGUGAAGUACUUGGAGUGCUCAGCUUUGACGCAGAAGGGGCUCAAGACUGUGUUUGAUGAGGCGAUUCGAGCAGUCUUGAACCCGCCCGUCCGUCCCAAGCCCAGCAAGGGAAGCAAUUUCCCUGCACCUCCUUCCUCUGUUCCGUCAUCUCCGUCCUCGGCAGGGUUCGCCUCUGUCGGCUCGUUCGUCGGUCGUUCACGACGGGAUGGCUCUCCUGCGCCACGCUCCGUUGGCAGUGGUUUGCGCUACAGAGAGGACUCUUACGGGAACAUUACACCUUCUGACUGGCAUGAAGGUGCUAGCUCUAUCGACGUCGAUGCUACAGAGCAUUCACUCCUUUCCACCUCAUUCAUUACAUCCCUGCUACGCGAUGCGGACGAUCUUGAUUCCACUCGCCACGUUUCGCGGGCUUCGCUUGCCCCUAGCGACAUUUCCGAAAUGACAUAUCCUCCCCCGAAAAUGGGCAUGUCACUGCGCAACCCCCCUCCUCGACCAUUUGGUAGCCGGGUACCUCCGUCUUCGUUUCAGCCUAUCCCCGAAUCGACGGGUACAGUCUCCGAUGCCGACGACGAGUCUGUGUACUCUAAUCAAGACCCGGUCGUGAGCACUGCCAACAUCUCGCGGCCAAAUCGGGGGACGCACGUCGUCAGCGUUGCUCAUGCUACUGUGCGGAAUGUCAAGGGCCUCUCAUACGGCCUUAGGGACGAUGUCACCGACUACGUGCCAACGUACUCGCCGCCAGCCUCGACACCUUCUUUUGCAUCACCUCGUCCGCGCAUGCAACCAGAACCUCCCCCCGAACAUCGGCAAUCGACGCAUUCGACCAAGUCAGCACGAAGCAUGGUUCCGUCAUUCAUAUCUAGCCUCAACUUCCGUCGGAUGUUUUCGCGGAAGCCGCUGCCCCCCGUGCCGAGGCUGCCGGACGCCAGGGAAGUAGAGUCGAAACACCAAGACGAAUCGGCCUCAAUUUCCCGGUUAUUGUUGCGAUCAGAUGCGCUGCGGGUGGCUUUGGAUGAUCAGAGUCCACACAACAGCUUCAAAGGACCACGAUUGGUGCCAACAUAUGACAGCGAGCAGCAUUCUGGAGUGCCUGCGGGAUGGACACAGCAGAUCCCGUCGAGUUCGAUGGCGAAAUCCGAGCAGCAGCAAAGGCAGCGGAAAAAACGGUUAUGGAUCGUCGUUCUCGUGCUGAUGCUUCUUGCGCUGGGUGCGAUUGGCGCCGCUGUCGGCGUGGUCUUCAGUAACCGGGGCAAACGAAAAACGCUGUGCAGCGGCAAUUUGGCUGGCGUGGCGUGUGACAUAGAUGCGACCUGCGUCUUGACGCUAACGCCGACAAUGAACGAGCUCUUUGGCUCCAACUUUACAACAGAAGACGUCUUCGCGUGGAUUUGGACAGUGCAAGGAACAAUCACCGCCCCGAAUUGUGCUGCCCAAGCCGUCCUUGUCGAUGUUGGGGCCGUCCCUUCCCUGACCAAGUUCUCAAAUCGAACCUCAUGGGCUCAAGCUGCACUGCUGUGGGAUCUCCAGUCUCUGAACAACACGGGCCUGCGAGAUUUCGUCCUCGGCGCUCCCUGGGACACCCUUUCGAGUGAUGGCAUAGUUGACAGUUCUCCAUCCCAAUUCUCAACUGUCUCGAAUGGUUACCAGUUCGAUUUUGCGAAGCAGUCAUUGACUGCUCCCCCCGUCGCUUUUGCAAGCAAUUCUUCGGCGUCCUCUGGGCAAGUCGCCGAAGUCUCUGAUACCAGACCCCUAGACCGGAUGUAUAGUUUUGCUGCUGCUGCAUCAAAGCAAUACGAGGGCCUGUUACGUGCCUACUGGGUGACCAAUCUACAGCGGCCAGCGACCACGCUACCCCAGUUUGUGGCUGCCUUCAAAGCCCUUGCGAUCUCUCAUGGCCAACUCUCCAAGUUUCCCACCUCCCAUUGCGUGUUAUCCCGGCCUAUCCGCCCAGCAGCUGGCCAGUGUGAACACGCUGGAAACAGUAUUUGGACUGCCCCGGCCACAUCCGCCCCUUCUUUCGACUCUUCCUGCUUCUCAACCCGACCUGUCUACGGUGUGCUGGAUGUCUUGCGACUGCGUUUGCCAUUUGCAGAUUCGAGGAUCAAUGUGUCCAGACAAGCCGUGGCCCUUCAGCCUGAUGUUGCUCCUCGUGCGGUGGUCUACAGUGGGGAGGCCCUGAGUGCUUUCCCUGGAACACCCAACAUUGGCGGCGCAGGCAUUCUCCAGGACCCCAACCAGUACGGAACUCUGGAUGCCAUGAACCAUGUCAUUCUCCAAUACCUAAGCUCCAUGCCCCCACUGGUAGCCCGGGCCGUGGCGGAUUUCGUCUUGUCGAAUUCCGACAGUCCUCCGACUUCACCGGUCCUCGCCAACGCCGCCAUUCCCGCCGUCGAGGUUGCCGUUUUCGGUACAUUCGCCAAGCCUGAUCUGCAGUCUGCAGUUUCGGCUUUCACCGAUUCAGCAGGUGCUCUUGUCUUCGGCUCUGCCGUCGGCGAAUCUUUCCGGAAUUGGGCUAUUCCUGCGACAGGGAACAUCUCCUGGACCCAGUCCAGCAAUUCUUCCGAGGUUGUCCGGGACACCUCAUUCACAGAUGUCACUUUCAAUGAGACUGUCGGAAACGAAAGCUUAAAUGGUCAGUCCGGAAACGCCCCCGGCGGAACCUCAGCUGAGAAUCUUCGCAGCGAUGCCAAACGCCCCAUUUGCUCCACGUGUGCCCGUUCGCAUGCUCACGCCGUGGCGCACUCGAAUCCCGCGACGCAAGCGAAGAUUCCGCCUACUCCCGAGUGUACAUUCGACGAGGGUCAACCAGCUUUCCACCACGCGCAGAUUGAGGAUGUUGACCCGUGCUCAGUGAUCGAACCGCCUUUGCCCACUGAUCCGUCGCAGAAUCGGUAUGAGAGCCUGGAGAAUCGGAUUCAGGAACUGGAGGCGCUCCUCAGAGAGAAGAACACCCAGAGUUCUAGCCUAGGAUCGUCGUCGGGAACCCCGUCCAUCAAUGGUGCUAGCUCUCUAUUCGGAAACGAUCUGCUGCGCAAUGGCAUCUCAAGCAGCCCGCCGACAUUCGACGAACCCAUGCAGCCGAUCCGAAACUCGGCGUCCCCGGGUAGCUCACCGAGGUCUGGGAAAGGGAUGGAGGUUGUGUGGACAAACUACCCUGUCGGGCUUCCUGGCGUGGAGCUGCUGCGACAUCUCGUGGAUGUUUUCUUCGUCUUCCACCCGCAUGCCAAUCGCGUCAUCCACUAUCCCAGUUUCAUGGCAUCAUUGGCGCUAUCUCCGAAUCACCCCAAGUUCCCGGUCGCCCCCUUGCUCCAUGCCAUUUGCGCACUGGGAUCCCUGUAUACUGCUGCAGUCACGUCGCCUCCGCUGCCCAACUUCAUAUCCGAGUCGCCCGAUGAGAUAUUCACGCAGCGAAAUCGGAUCCUCGACUCAAGGCCAGAUUCGUUUGCGGAACAGCAGGCGAAAUUUGCUCGCGAAACUGCGGAUCACAUGGAGUCGAUCGGAGACAAGCUGUUUGAGCAGCUGCAAGCUCGAACCAUCCUUACUGGUAUUACUGGUCGCAUUCCAAUCCAUUCGAUAACACAUUCCGUUCGGCCUGCUUCGAUAAUCGUACCAGCCAGUACAGUUGUCGAGGACGAGACAAGACGAAAUGUGUUCUGGCUGGCUUAUUGCACAGAACGGCUGCACGGUGCUGGAAACGGCUGGGCUCUGAGUAUGGACGACCAAGACAUUUCACAGCUACUUCCUGUUCGCGGAGACCAUUUCGAAAAGGGCGUGUUGGCUGGCCUGCCUGAGCGGCAAUGGGCGCACGGGCGUGACUUAUUGCUUGUUCACCCGGAGGAACAGACGGAUUCCUUCGUCCUAUACGUCAAAGCAGUGAUGAUCAUAUCGAAAGUCAAGGCAUUCAAUUUCCGGUUUCGUUCCAAGUACUUCUUCGGCGACGCUUCUGUGAUGUCCCCACAUUCAGAACCCAUCGAUCCCAUGGAGCCUGUGGAUCCCAGCUAUGUCGCAUGCUUGAUGCCUCAUGUGGCACUGAUAUUGUUGCACGACCCCCAUGCCAAAAUGAAUCGCAAGGGUUGCAUAUCUGCCCUCAAAAUCAUUACGGCUGCACACGCCAUCCUGGAUUUGAUUUACAAUGUCUGCAGCACGAGCUUCGAUGUCACGUUGCUGGAACCGUUCUGUGCGUUCUGUUGGUUCAUCGCUGGACGUGUUAUUCUGCGCUUCUUGCAAGCUGCCAUUGACGCACAGGACACUGACAACAUUGCGACCUUCCGCUCUGAGCUCGAUUUCAUAGAGGCGGCCAUCGCACGAAUCGGGCAACGGGUCCCUUUAGCGUUCCGGUAUGCGAGAAUGCUGAGUGAUCUAGUUCAGAAUCGUUGUGCGUCGUCGUCCGGUGCCUCUUCGGAUCUCGUCUUCCCUCGUGCCCAGCACCCUAUCUGCGACGAUAUGUUGCGGUAUUCCCAGCAGCCAGAUGUUAGUCUGCACGAAAGUCUGGGUCUCCAGGCUACGGCUGGAACGUUCAUGGCCGUUACAUGA